AAUUAAAAGAGAAUAACAUGUAUGAUGCCAAAGACAAGUGGGGCCGUGAUCCAUUUGAAUACGCCAUAAAUGCUCGAUCCUUUAAAACUCUUGAAUUAUUAAUUUCAUAUUUUCAACGAGAUUUGUCUGUACAAGCUGAAAAAGUUGUAGUCGAAUUAAUACUUUCAUCUGCUAUAUUUGAUUAUCAGAACAUAUUUAUUAACUUACAUGAAAGUAAAUUGUUUAAUGAAAUGAUUGUUCACGAAAAUUUUUACCAUAAGGUUUCACAUUAUUUAGGUAUAAAAUUAUACAUGGACUUUUCUCUAAUCAACAUUUGUGCUGAACAUGGAAGUAGGAAAAUGGUGGAAACGUUGUUAGAAAAGGAAUUAUUUAACAUUAACGAGAAUUAUAGUGCAGGAGAGUUUAAUUCAACCGUGUUAGAAGUUGCAGUUAAGAAGUGGGAGGAGUCAUGUGAAAAUAAAGGAAAAUAUCCAUCGUUAAUUUCAAUGUUAAUUGAAAGGGGAGCGAAAGACAUUAAUCAUUCCACAUAUGAAGAAACAAUUUUACACAAACUGGCCAGCAAUAUAGAAUUAGAUUCGAAUAAUUUAAUUAAUUCAGUUUUAAAGAAAUUUCUUGAAUCACACGAUGAAAACUAUAUAAAUAAGGAAAAUUAUGAAUUAGAAACGCCUUUAAUGGUAGCUUUAAAUUGUGCCAAGUCAAACAUAACGGUUGAGUUUAUUUCUAUACUAAUUAAUUAUCCUAAAACAAAUUUAUUAUGCUUAGACGAAAAUAAAUAUAAUAUUUGGCAUUGCUUAUGUAUUAAUCCUCAUCUAUGUAAUGAAAAUAAAAGAAUUAUUGCUAUACAAAUAAUAUCUCGUUUUAACAAAGAUCAAACAAAUGGAAUUAAUGGGGAAGACAAAAAUGGAUUGACACCGAUAAUGCUUGGUAUUGAAAGAGUCACAAACGAAUCAAUAAAUUUUAUAAAAUUUUGAAUCGAACACGGAGCAAACGUUCUAAAAAAGGACAAUUUUGGAAACAAUAUUUGGCAUCAUUUGUGUUUGAAUACAAAUUUAGGUAACGAAGGUCUAAAAAAUGUUUCCAAUAUGUUAAUGUCCCAUUUCGAAGAGGUCAGUUUAAGUGGAAUUAAUGAUGAAAAUGAGAAUUGCGAAACACCGUUAAUGACUGCUAUUGAAAAUGCUAGAAAUGAAUCAAUAUAUUUAAUACAAUUUUUAAUCGAACACACAACAAAUGUUCUCAAGAAGGACAAAUUCGAUAAUAAUAUUUGGCAUCAUUUGUGUUUGAAUAAAUAUCUAAAUAAAGAAGAUCUAAAAACUGUUACCAAUAUGUUAAGGUCCCAUUUUGAAGAUGUCAAUUUAUGUGGAAUUGCUGAUGAAAAUGACAAUGGAGAAACACCUUUAAUGAUAGCUAUUAAAAAAGGUAGAAAUGAAUCAAUAUAUUUAAUACAAUUUUUAAUCGAACACACAACAAAUGUUCUCAAGAGGGACAAAUUCGGUAAUAAUAUUUUGCAUCAUUUGUGUUGGAAUGAAUAUCUAGAUAAAGAAGAUCUAAAAACUAUUACCAAUAUGUUAAGGUCCCAUUUUGAAAAUGUCAAUUUAAGUGAAAUUGAUGAUGAAAAUGACAAUGGAGAAACACCUUUAUUGAUAGCUCUUAAAAAAUCUAGAAUUAAAUCAAUAGAUUUAAUACAAUUUUUAAUCGAACACACAGCAAAUGUUCUCAAGAAGGACAAAUUCGAUAAUAAUAUUUGGCAUCAUUUGUGUUUGAAUAGAUAUCUAGAUAAAGAAGAUCUAAAAACUGUUAUCAAUAUGUUACGGUCCCAUUUUGAAGAUGUCAAUUUAAGUGGAAUUGAUGAUGAAAAUAAGGAUAGAAAAACACCAUUAAUAAUUGCUAUUGAAAAAGCAAGAGAAGAAUCAAUAGAUUUAAUACAAUUUUUAAUCGAACACACAUCAAAUGUUCUCAAGAAGGAUGAAUUCGAUAAUAAUAUUUGGCAUCAUUUGUCUUUGAAUAAAUAUCUACAUAAAGAAGAUCUAAAAACUGUUACCAAUAUGUUAAUGUCCCAUUUUGAAGAUGUCAAUUUAAGUGGAAUUGAUGAUGAAAAUGACAAUGGAGAAACACCUUUAAUGAUAGCUCUUAAAAAACCUAGAAUUAAAUCAAUAGAUUUAAUACAAUUUUUAAUCGAACACACAUCAAAUGUUCUCAAGAAGGAUCAAUAUGUUACGGUCCCAUUUUGAAGAUGUCAAUUUAAGUGGAAUUGAUGAUGAAAAUAAGGAUAGAAAAACACCAUUAAUAAUUGCUAUUGAAAACGCAAGAGAAGAAUCAAUAGAUUUAAUACAAUUUUUAAUCGAACACACAGCAAAUGUUCUCAAGAAGGACAAAUUCGAUAAUAAUAUUUGGCAUCAUUUGUGUUUGAAUGAAGAUCUAAAUGAAGUAGAUCUAGAAACUGUUACCAAUAUGUUAAUGUCCCAUUUUGAAGAUGUCAAUUUAAGUGGAAUUGAUGAUGAAAAUGACAAUGGAGAAACACCUUUAAUGAUAGCUCUUAAAAAACCUAGAAUUAAAUCAAUAGAUUUAAUACAAUUUUUAAUCGAACACACAUCAAAUGUUCUCAAGAAGGAUCAAUAUGUUACGGUCCCAUUUUGAAGAUGUCAAUUUAAGUGGAAUUGAUGAUGAAAAUAAGGAUAGAAAAACACCAUUAAUAAUUGCUAUUGAAAACGCAAGAGAAGAAUCAAUAGAUUUAAUACAAUUUUUAAUCGAACACACAGCAAAUGUUCUCAAGAAGGACAAAUUCGAUAAUAAUAUUUGGCAUCAUUUGUGUUUGAAUGAAGAUCUAAAUGAAGUAGAUCUAGAAACUGUUACCAAUAUGUUAAUGUCCCAUUUUGAAGAUGUCAAUUUAAGUGGAAUUGAUGAUGAAAAUGACAAUGGAGAAACACCUUUAAUGAUAGCUCUUAAAAAACCUAGAAUUAAAUCAAUAGAUUUAAUACAAUUUUUAAUCGAACACACAUCAAAUGUUCUCAAGAAGGAUCAAUAUGUUACGGUCCCAUUUUGAAGAUGUCAAUUUAAGUGGAAUUGAUGAUGAAAAUAAGGAUAGAAAAACACCAUUAAUAAUUGCUAUUGAAAACGCAAGAGAAGAAUCAAUAGAUUUAAUACAAUUUUUAAUCGAACACACAGCAAAUGUUCUCAAGAAGGACAAAUUCGAUAAUAAUAUUUGGCAUCAUUUGUGUUUGAAUGAAGAUCUAAAUGAAGUAGAUCUAGAAACUGUUACCAAUAUGUUAAUGUCCCAUUUUGAAGAUGUCAAUUUAAGUGGAAUUGAUGAUGAAAAUGACAAUGGAGAAACACCUUUAAUGAUAGCUCUUAAAAAACCUAGAAUUAAAUCAAUAGAUUUAAUACAAUUUUUAAUCGAACACGGAGCAAAUGUUCUCAAGAAGGACAAAUUCGAUAAUAAUAUUUGGCAUCAUUUGUGUUUGAAUGAAUAUCUAGAUAAAUAUAUUUUAAAUAAAGUUACCAAUAUGUUAAGGUCCCAUUUUGAAGAUGUCAAUUUAAGUGGAAUUGAUGAUGAAAAUAAGGAUAGAAAAACACCAUUAAUGAUUGCUAUUGAAAAGGCUAGUUGGAAAUCAAUAGAUUUAAUACAAUUUUUAAUCGAACACACAGCAAAUGUUCUCAAGAAGGACAAAUUCGAUAAUAAUAUUUGGCAUCAUUUGUGUUUGAAUAGACAUCUAGAUAAAUAUAUUUUAUAUAAAGUUACCAAUAUGUUAAGGUCCCAUUUUGAAGAUGUCAAUUUAAGUGGAAUUGAUGAUGAAAAUAAGGAUAGAAAAACACCAUUAAUGAUUGCUAUUGAAAAAGCUACUUAUAAAUCAAUGGAUUUAAUACAAUUUUUAAUCGAACACACAGCAAAUGUUCUCAAGAAGGACAAAUUCGAUAAUAAUAUUUGGCAUCAUUUUUGUUUGAAUGAAGAUCUAGAUGAAGUAGAUCUAGAAACUGUUACCAAUAUGUUAAUGUCCCAUUUUGAAGAUGUCAAUUUAAGUGGAAUUGAUGAUGACAAUAAGGAUAGAAAAACACCAUUAAUGAUUGCCUUUGAAAAGGCUAGAGAUGAAUCAAUAAAUUUAAUACAAUUUUUAAUCGAACACGGAGCAAAUGUUUUCAACAAGGACAAAUUCGGUAAUAAUAUUUGGCACCAUUUGUGUUUGAAUAGACAUCUAGAUAAAUAUAUUUUAUAUAAAGUUACCAAUAUGUUAAGGUCCCAUUUUGAAGAUGUCAAUUUAAGUGGAAUUGAUGAUGAAAAUAAGGAUAGAAAAACACCAUUAAUGAUUGCUAUUGAAAAAGCUAGAGAUGAAUCAAUAGAUUUAAUACAAUUUUUAAUCGAACACAUCAAAUGUUCCCAAGAAGGAUAAAUUCGGUAAUAAAUUUGGCAUCAUUUGUAUUUGAAUGGAAAUCUAAACAAAGAAGGUCUAAUUUAAGUGGAAUUGAUGAUUAAAAGGUAGACACAGUUAAUUAAUGCUAUUCAUGAAACCAGACAUGGAUAAAUAGAUUUAAUAAAUAUAACUUUUAAUCGAACAUCGAAAUUAGAAAAUAUAUUUUUGUACAAUUUUAGUUUUUGUUUGGGAUGAAUUUGUUUGUUUAAAUUAUUAUAUGUAUAUACAUUUUGCUAAGUAAAAUUAAUUUAAAUAUUAUUAUACCUUACCUACCAAUAAAAUUGU